GAUUGCUUUAAGGAAAAGUCGUAAUAAUCCUUUAUUGCUUAUGUGGUAAAUGACUAACAAGAGAAAAGGAAGAACAUAAAUCGGAAUCGAGAACUGGAAAGGCCAUAAAAAUGCUGAGAACGCUCCGGCGAGUGUUGCCAGUGCUGAAUUCAAUUUGCGUGAUGAUGUUGUUGAUGAUAAUGGAUGCGAAUACGAAUGCGAAUGUGAAUGUGAAUGCAGCGACGCCAGCAACAUGGAUGUGUACCAAAUAGAGCUGGAGGCGCAGGCACAGGCACAGGAACAGGCACAACUACGCUCCCAACUGCUGAUCGUCGACACUGUGGUCAAGAACUUGGGGCAACCGACACGCCCCCCAGAGGAUAACAAUAUUGCAGAUUUAGAUAUAGACGAAGAAGAGGACGACGACGACGAAGAGGAGCAGCUGGAGCAGCAAAUAAACGGCGAGGAAACCGCUGAAGAAGACGAGGAGGAAGAGGAAGUGGACGAAGAGGAAGAAGAGGAGGAGGAAGAGGAGAACGACGACAACAACGAAGCAUUGCCAGAAGUUUGCUUCGAUGCAAAUUCCGAUUUCAAUUUGCAUUUCUUCGACACUCCCGAAGAUUCGUCCACUCAAGGCGCCUACAGCGAAGCUGGCAGCCUAGACUCUGAACUCGACGAAGAGCAGGAGCAACACCAGCAGCAGCAGCAACAUCAUCAACAGCAGCAGCAGCAACAACAGCUGACGACAACGGCAACUGCAGUGAAUGCAGCACAGGAGCUGCAGCAUUGUCUGAGUGGCAUCGAGACAGAUCCAUUGCAGUUGCUGCAGUGCGAGGGAUACUACAGCGCAACGCCAGCAACAGCAACAGUUGCUGCGCCACAGCAGCAGCAGCAGCAGUAGUAGGAGUAGCAGCAACAUCAGCAACAGUUGGUGGCACAACAGCAGCAACUGCAGCAGCAGCAGCACUUGAGCUGCACGGCAUUGAGCAAUGGUGGAGGUGCUCUGUACGCCAUCAGCAGUGUGCAUCAGUUUGGUCCCGCCAGCAACAGUUCCAGCUCAGCCGGCGCCCAUUCAUCGCCCGACAGCGGACGCAGCAGCGGCAGCGGUUGCUCCUCCAGCUCGAGCUCUGUCACCACCGUCUCAUCGUCAUCCUCAUCAUCGUCCUCGGCAUCCAGCGCUGAGCAUUUCAAUCGCGCGACGCUUCUCAAUGCCAGCCAGCCCCAACAGCUCCAGCUACAACUACAGCAACAGCAGCAACAUCUCAACGGCCAUACAACAUCCUCGUCAGCGGUCAGCUCCUCCUCCGGUCACGCGACAGCAUCUUCAACUGCUGCGCAUUUGAGCAAAGGACACGCAGAGCAACACUCGCAGCAGCAGCAGCAACAGCAACAACAACAGCAGCAGCAACAUCAGCAACACUCGCAACAGCAAUUGCAACAGCAGCAGCAGCACGUGCAACAGCAAUUUGGCAUUGUUGACUCGAGCAACGGCAGCAGCAACAACAGCAACAGCACCAGCAACAACAACAGCAGCAGCAACAACGGCAACAUCAGCAGCCACAGCAACAACAACAACAACAACAGCAACGGCGUCUCUUCGAAAUCUUUCGUGCCCUGCAAAGUCUGUGGUGACAAAGCAUCGGGCUAUCAUUAUGGUGUAACUUCCUGCGAGGGUUGCAAGGGUUUCUUUCGUCGCAGCAUUCAAAAGCAGAUCGAGUAUCGUUGCCUGAGGGACGGCAAGUGUUUGGUCAUCCGCCUGAAUCGCAAUCGCUGUCAGUAUUGCCGCUUCAAGAAAUGCCUUUCAGCUGGCAUGAGCCGCGACUCUGUGCGUUAUGGUCGCGUACCCAAGCGUUCACGUGAGCUGAACGGUGCAGCAGCAGUCGCUGCAUCCGCCGCAGCCAGCAGCACGCCCCUCAAUGUGGAUGAUACCAGUGCCAAUAAUUUGCAUACAAAUCUAAUACAACAACAGCAGCAGCAACAACAACAGCAACAGCAGCAACAACAGCAACAACCGCAUGCGAGCAGUGUGCGCGUGAAUACACCAAGUACACCACAAACGCCACAAAUGUGUUCGAUUGCCUCAUCGCCAUCGGAGCUGGGCGGUUGCAAUAGUGCCAACAACAACAACAAUAACAACAGCAAUAACGGUAACAACAACAGCAAUGCAACAGCUGUAGUUGUGGGCAACCAUCAUCAGCAAUUGGUCAACAUGGGCAGCAGCAGUGAUAUGGCAAUGACCCAGGUGGCCAUGUGCCAUCCACACGAUCAUCACGAUGGCCUCGCCACCGGCAACGAACUGACUGUCUACGAUGUGAUCAUGUGCGUCUCGCAGGCGCAUCGCCUCAACUGCUCCUACACCGAGGAGCUCACACGCGAACUGAUGCGACGUCCCGUCUCCGUGCCACAGAAUGGCAUUGUCACCACUGUGGCGGAGAGUCUGGAGUUCCAGAAGAUCUGGCUGUGGCAACAGUUCUCGGCACGCGUGACGCCCGGCGUGCAACGGAUUGUGGAGUUCGCGAAACGCGUACCUGGCUUCUGUGAUUUCACGCAGGACGACCAACUGAUACUCAUCAAGCUGGGCUUCUUCGAGGUGUGGCUGACGCAUGUGGCGCGUCUGAUCAACGAUACGACGCUGACGCUGGACGAUGGCGCAUAUCUGACCCGCCAGCAGCUCGAGAUACUCUACGAUACUGACUUUGUGAAUGCCCUGCUGAAUUUUGCCAACACACUGAAUGCGUAUGGACUGAGCGACACUGAGAUCGGUCUCUUCUCGGCCAUGGUGCUGCUUGCCUCGGAUCGGGCGGGUCUCAGCGAGCCCAAGGUGAUUGCCCGUGCCCGUGAGCUCGUCGCCGAAGCGUUGCGUGUUCAGAUCCUGCGAUCCCGAGCGGGAUCGACGCAGGCGCUGCAACUGAUGCCAGCGCUGGAGGCUAAGAUACCGGAGCUGAGGUCGCUGGGGGCCAAGCACUUCUCACAUCUAGACUGGCUGCGAAUGAACUGGACCAAGCUGCGCCUGCCGCCGCUCUUUGCCGAGAUCUUCGACAUACCCAAGGCGGAUGACGAGCUGUAGACACAUACACGGAGAGAGAGACGCGACGUCAGUUCCCCCGCCCUAACGAGAGAGCUGUUCGCUUUACGUGUUUAAGUAAAAUUAGCAUUAACAAAAAGUGUUGGCAGAAAAACAAAGCAAAAAAAAAGAAAAGAAAGCAUCAGCAGCAGCAUCAACUACUCAACAAGAUAUCCACAGAUACAGAUACAGAUACAGAUAAAAAUAGUUAACUACAAGUAAAACUAUAACUAAAGCAUAAACUACAACUACAACUACGACUACAAGUAAAUAUUUAGCAAUGUUAAACGCGUUCGCAAGAAAAAAAAGAGAAGAAAAACACAUCCACACACACUCACCUACAAUUUUAGUUUGAUUAUUUGUUAAAACACAUUUCGAAACAAAGUUAAAAUGAGAUCAAAUACCAGCUAAAGCUAAAGCACAAGCCGAACAUAUCCCAUGCGCAACAUAAAAUUUAUUUAUUUCAUUGUCAAACUCAUCAAAGUUCGUCUCCCUAGCAAACAAAUCUCUACUUUAAAACCCUUUUUCCCCGCUCCCGCUCCCGUUCCCACUUCCCCAAUUUCCCAAUCCUUACAUUUUUUUAUUGGCCAGCUUUGCCGGACAAUUUUCAAAGCAAAAACCAAAAAACAAAAAAAACUCGACUGAAGUGCGAGCGUUCAAGUUCGAAAAAUACUGGUUUUUUUUUAAUGAAAAUGAAAAGUGAAAAGUGAAAAAAAAGAGAAUACUUAUUGUAUAAUUAAAGAACUACUUAUAACUAUAUCAAAUAUAUAUAAAUAUAUCUAUACUUAUGUAAAACCUAGAGUUAUUCUAGCGUAGUUCAAGCAAAAAGACCCAAUUUUCUUUGCUCGUUUAUUGUAUCUGCGUGUAAAUAAAUUUAAAUUAAUUUUUUAACAUUUAAACACUUUGCUUGAUUAUUAUUUCUUUAAGUUGCGCUAUGAUUACGCUCUUUCCAAAAACAACAUAUUGAAUAAUGAAUUUAUUCAUUAUAUACAUACAUAUAUUGUGUGUCCGAUUUCAUUUAUGAUUUUUGGAAAGUGUAUCUUAAGGACGGCCCACAGACGUCGCUUUCAUUCGAAACGUGUUCAUAAUAUUCGUUUUACAAAAAAGAAAUAUCGCAUAAUUUUAAGUGCUUAAUUUGUAUAACUUGGAACAAUCAAAUAGUUUGAUGAAUUUUUGAAUAGAUUGGUGCUAAAUUUUUCGUGUAUUACAAGAAGAUCAACAACAAAUCAUGAUACAUACUAGUUAUAUAGAUAUAUCUUCAAAACAAAAUCUUUAAAGCUCUUCAUUAAUUGUUGAAUUUAUAUAGAACAUUUUGUAAAUUUUAUUAGUGUGAAAACCAACAAAAACAAAAAAAAAGAAGAAAAACAAGAUUAUAUUAUUAAACAAAUAUAUAUAUAUAUACCACAUAUAUACUUACUACUUAUAUAGAGGGAGCUACGUUCAAGAUCUGAUUUCAAUAGAGUUUUGCCGUAGCGCCCGUUUUAUGCUCCAUGUGUACCUUUCGCUUAUUGAACUAGAAUUUGUACUCUUACAACUAGUAAUACUAUAUAAAUUGAAAAACAACAACAACAACAAUUUGCAAUAUUCGUAGUAAACAACACUCAACUAAAUGUUAUAGCUUCAGAGAUUGACUUUGCUUAAAAAGACCUAUUUCAGAACCAGAUUCUCCAGAUGAGAAGAGAGAUAAAGAUGGAGAGAAUUGUAAACCAGUGCGCAUAAUGGAAAACCUUGUGAAUGUAGCGUUAAUAUUUUGUAUUUUAUUUAAAUUACAUUUAUUCAAUUAUACACAGAAAUACAAAACAAAAAUAUAUUGAGAAUACAUAGAUACAAUUUUUUACCUACUGUAGCUUUGAUUACAUUUUUCAAUGAUGUGUCAAAUUUUAAAAUGGUAUUUAUGGUUAGUACAAUAAGAAUACUAAACAUACAGAGAUUCUUAGAGAGAGAAAAACAAAACAAAUAAAUUAUACAAUACUCUACUGAAAGAAAGAAAGAAAAAAGUGUUAAAAAAAAAACAGAAAAAACGUCGACUUCCUAUGAUAACAAAUCUCUCGCUCGUUGCUAGUUAGUUAGUUUAAGUGUCACUACUUCAGUCUACUCCAAACAAAAAGAAAUAAAAUAUAAAAAAAUACAAAAAAAAAAAAA